AUGGCGAGAUAUUCUCAACCACCUUUCGACUUUUACCACCAGUCCACAUCAACUAUGGGGACGAAACCCUCAUAUCCGGAAGAGGACGAGAUGAGUGUAUUAGAUGACAAGAUCCUGGACUCUACUUCCCCCGAACUGUCUACCAUUCCCGACCACCGACGUCCUUCAUGUGAUCAUGCGCCAGAUGCGUAUUCGCAUCGGGAAUCUGUCUGGUCGGACUUUUCGCAACCAGUCUCCAGCGGCCAGUCGCGCCACAAUUCUCAAGUCGGCCAUGGUCUUUAUGAUCCCAACCCCAAUCCUUUCAUGCGGGUCGAUGGUGCUCACCCUGCCUCAGCCUAUGGUCAUCAGGCAUCCUGGUCCUUGUCCAGGGAUUCCGGCUCAUGUACCCCAACUGCCAUGUACGAGAACUUCCACCCAGAUCUGGAGAACAAUUCCUCUGCCCCCUUCUCCGGCGGCGCCGUGGGACCAGUGAGCGCCAUCAAUAUUGCGUCCAUGUCGUAUCGACCAGGUAUGGGCUUUGCGCCUCCAGGCGCUAUAGCUAUGUCCCCACAGUCCAGUCAGGGCUGGAUGCCUGCAUCGACGGAUAUGCCCGAUGCGAUCUCGCGCCCCACAAAGAGCCCGACCUAUCGCAACAGCUCGCCGUUGAGUGUUCGGCGGGAUGGUAUUCGGAAGAAGAACGCCCGCUUCGAGAUCCCUGCUGAGCGAACAUUGAGCAAUAUCGACCAGCUGAUCAAUCAAUCGACGAACGAGGAAGAGAUCAAGGAACUGAAGCAGCAGAAGCGUCUGCUCCGAAACCGUCAAGCGGCAUUGGAUUCGCGUCAACGGAAAAAGCUCCACACCGAAAAACUUGAGGAGGAAAAGAAACAUUUCACUCAGGUUAUCAGUGAACUUGAAGAAGCGUUGCAAAAUAUGAAGCUGCGUGAGGCUGAGCUCCUCCGUGAAAAGAGCGAGUGGAUGGCAGCCCAGCAGCAGAUCAACCAGUACAUCGAAGGCCUGCACAUGGAUAAGGAUGAGAUGCUUCGCGUGCACACUCUGGAGACGGCUGAGCUUCGAAAGAAGAACAAUAUUCUCAAAGAGACAGUGGAGAAGCUCGAGAGACAGAUGAGAUCAUCAGCUACCACUAAUCUCAACACCGACUUCUCUGACUUUGAGAAUUUGACCAUGGACAAUGCGCCUUGGGAAGACUUUACCAUGUCCAACGGUCUUCCUCUCGAGGCGGAGGCGACUCCUGCCACUUCCACGAUGCAAUCAUCAGCAAUGGUGAUGUCUACGAACGAUAGGGUCACCGAAAAGAGUACCACAGCCAGUGACUACCCUUUCAGCUGGAAUGCCUUCUACAUGUGUCUGCUCUUUGGCGCGUUCCUUGCUUCAAACGGCCCAUCGCUCUCCUCACGUUCUAUUCCGCAGUUGUCGGAGGAGUACCGCGCUGAGUCUGCCAACGUCCUGAAGGCUGUUCUCGCCGCCUCUCCGCCAGAGCUCGCACAUGUGAACACUCAACAAGCGGUGGCCUCCUCCUCUGCUGUUCCAAUGCCAACGACCAUCAGCGGAGCGGAGAUGGCUCAAAUGGCUACCGGUACUGCUCACUCCAAUCUCGACGAGCUUCACAGCACCCUCGCGAUGCCGACCAAGGAACAGGAGCGAGAGCAGGUCUUCUCGCUCAAUGCUGAACAAUACAAUGCCUUGACCACAUUCGACGAGACUCAUGUCGACUACAAGUCUCAGCCCUCUAAUCUGCAGCAGGCUUUGGCCGCGAUGCGGAACAAUGCCGCUCUAAAUAAACUGCCGAACAAGGCUACAUCCGACGUAUACACCAGAUCGUUGAUGUGGGAUCGCGUUCCCCAGAAGGUGAUUCGCGACUUUCAACGCAUGGUUCAGGAAUAUGGCGCUUCCCCCAUCAAAGAGGAGCAGUCCGGCUUCGGUCAGACCUGA